AUGGCAGCCUCCCAGGUGCUUCAAACGUUCGUGAAGAGGCAGCAGAAGUGCGAAGCAGGCGCGAUAACCUCUGUUGUCCACAAGGAGGAGGUGGAGGUGUGCGCUACUAAGAGCGAGUUGCUGCUGGAAAGCAGGCGCAACUUUUUCGAUGUUAUUACCACUGAUAGAGAGGGUGCCAGGUACCACGAGCAAUCGUACCCAGCCUUGCACGAGCAAUUCGCGAUGAUUUCAAGUCUUUCACCGCCGCCAGCGACCGACAUCCAGCAGGCAGCAGGGCCUCACGGUCUUCAUCUUCCUAGUUCUGCAAUGCACCAGGUUCCUCUGCCAGCGGACCGGGGUCGAAUCCUGCCUCAGCAGGGGGGUACCAUGGACUACGGAAGUCGUUUGCAGCCCGUCGGAAGAGGAACGGAACUGGCACUCAGCCUCAGUCUCCCAGAACCAGAGCCAGAUUCGUCGAGGCCAGUGCCAAGUUCGGAGAGCAACCGUCACCAGCAACAGCAGAGGAAACGCCAAAGGCUCGUUCUAGAACAACAUCCACUGGAGCCGUCCCCACUCGGCGGCGGCAAAGGGGGCCGUUUUAUUUCAGAGGAAACUGCUCCCCUGCCGGCCGCAGUCCGCCCUGCGGUGACGGCGCAGAAGGACCUCGCGUCGCUCAUGCUUGGUUGCCUUCACAGCGAGUCGCUAAACUCGACGCUGCUGCUGCGCGGACCUCAAGCGGCCGAGCCUACGACAAUUGGGAGGACAAGGCCUGAGGUUAAGUUAGGGUUUCCUAGCUUGACGGAUUCUGUUGCUCGAGAGGUGGAGGUUGGGGUGAGAAGGACGCCGGCGUCGCGUGCAGCGGGUUUGGGCUCAAACAUCCAUGAAGCUGUGAACUUGCACGUGGAUUCACAAAGUAAUUCCACUUCUUUUGCGAAUUUCCAAGAACCAUCGAGUGUCCGCGAAGCGUUGCUGGUCGAGCGACUGCAGGAAGCGCAGGAGCGGGCGAAGAGCGAGAAUCGACGAGUGAAGCAACUGGAGCGACAGGUGGCGCUGAUGUUGCGCGAGAUGGGGGACGCGCAACAAUUGGUGGCGGGGUUGGCGCGAAAAAACGCGGAGCUGCAAGGGGAAAUGGCGCAGCUGAUGCUGGCGCACAUGGUUGUGGGUCUGGCGGAGGCAGGAGCAGGGGGGGUGGAGCUAGGGAACCGGGGAGAGGGAGGGGGGGAAGCUGGAGGGAUGGAGGAGGGGAGAGGUGACAGCGAAGAGGUUAUUCAGCCGUCCAGCCGGCAGAUGUAG